AAGAAGGACCGGACGGUUAACGAGGUGAUGCUCAAGGAAGCGCUCCGGAUCCUCGAACGGCUGGCAACAACGGGCCAGGGUAUGGGAAAGUGUGCCGACAGUGAAGCCCAAUAUAUUCUUGCCAACUUUCUGGGCAUGGGCGGAUUAGGGCUAAAGGUGAACCACGACAGAGCAUUUCAACUGUACAUCCAGGCUUCCAAGCAAUGCCAUCCCGAAGCCACCUAUCGUGCUGCAGUGUGCUAUGAGCUGGGUCUCGGUACGCGAAAGGACACUUCCCGUGCCAUUAUAUUCUACCGCAAGGCUGCCCAUCUGUGCCAUCCUGCAAGUAUGUACAAACUUGGGAUGAUCAUGUUACGAGGCUAUUGCAACCAAACCCCUGUCAUGCGAGAGGCCGUCUGUUGGCUGCAGCGAGCUGCCAAACACGCCACAGCCCAGGUCCCCCAUGCCCUACACACAUUAGCAAUGAUCCAAAUCACAGGUGAACUUGGUGAAUCGACGAGCAUGUUGGCCGACACAGCAUAUGCAAUUGAAUUGCUAUUAAAGGCUGCUACUUUUGGAUAUGCGCCCAGUCAAGUCAAGUUAGGCGAGUGCUAUGAGACAGGCGAGCUGGUUAAACCGGAUGAUAGACUAUCUAUACUAUGGUAUUCUCGUGCAGCGCAGUUAGGAAGUGCAGAGGGCGCGCUGGGAUUGUCUACUUGGUAUCUCACUGGAUCAGAGACUCAAGGUUUGCUGGAUCAAUCCGAUUUACAAGCACUUCUCUGGGCUAGAAAGGCUACUAUUGUUGCGUUGGCUAUGGAAAAUGAUUCAAAGAGGUGGACACUGGCAAAGGCAUGCUAUACAGUUGGCUUUUAUAUGGAGCAUGGUAUUGGGUUAGACGUUCCAUCAAUAGAGGAGGCAAUUGAAUGGUAUAAGCAAUCGGCAGACAAUGGCCAUUAUGAUGCAGCAAGACGAUUAGAUCAUAUUCGGGCA